AUGUCCAAUGCCGCGCGCGUCUUCGUGCCCGACAAGGAGCGCGUCUGGGUGCCGGCGGAGCUGCUGUCGUCCGACGGCGCCAGCGUCACCGUCGACGUCCUGCGGCCCGCCGCCGACGGCCCGCUCGAGGGAACCUCCACGGUGAAAGAGACGGUCACGCUCACGCUGGAGGCGCCCUACGGCGACGCGAGCGCGCUGCCGCUGCAGAACGAGGGCCUGGGCCCCGAGGGCGCGACGGACAUGGUGAGCCUCGACUACCUCCACGAGGCGUCCGUGCUCUACAACCUGCGGACGCGCUACUUCAGGGAGCUGCCCUACACCUACACGGGCACCAUGUGCAUCGCCAUCAACCCCUACCAGUGGCUGAGCCACCUCUACCGGGACGCGGACCGCGCCGCGUACCUGGACCGGCCGCGGUCCGAGCUCCCGCCGCACGUCUACGCCAUCUCCGCGGCGGCCUACGUCGGCGUCUCGGAGACGUCCGUCGGCGGCGCGUCCACGGGCCUCGACCAGUCCAUCCUCGUCUCCGGCGAGUCCGGCGCGGGCAAGACGGAGACGGUCAAAAUCAUGAUGGGGCACCUCGCGUCCGUGGCGGCCGGCGCCGACGGCGCCGCGGCCAAGGACGGCGUCGUCGAGCGCGUGCUCCAGUCCCAGCCCUUGCUGGAAUCCUUCGGCAACGCGAAGACGGUGCGCAACGACAACUCGAGCCGCUUCGGCAAGUUCACGCAAUUGGAGUUCGACGUCGGCACCGUGGGGUUGCGGGGGGACCGGCCGCCGCUCGUCGGGUCGCGGUGCCGCACCUACCUCCUGGAGAAGUCCCGGGUCGUCCAGCAGGCCCCGGGCGAGCGGACCUACCACUGCUUCUACGGCGUCGCGCGCGGCGAAAACGACCCGAGCGGCUGCGCGCCCGACCUCGCCGCGCUCCGCUACACGCGCGAGAGCGACCUCGACACGGGGUCCAUCGAGGGCGUCCCCGACGGCGACCGCCACGCCAAGACCUGGGAGGCCCUGGCCCUCGUCGGCGUCGAGGACGGCGACCGCGCGGCGUUGGCGCGGUGCCUCGGCGCGAUCCUCGUGCUCGGCGACGUGGACUUCGAGGCGACGGACGCGGCGGACGACGACUGCGGCAGCUCCCGGGCGACGGCGGGCCCCGCGGCGGAGCGGGCGGCUUUGGCGCUCGGGGUCCGCGGCGACGACGCGAGCCCCGUCGAAGCUCUGAGCCUCGCGCUCACGGAGCGGACGAUGCGCGCGCGGUCCGAGGUCUACAAGGUGCCCCUCAACGCCCAGGCGGCGCGCGACGCCCGCGACGCCCUGGCGAAGGAGAUCUACGUGCGCGCCUUCGACUGGAUCGUCAAACGCAUUAACGCGUCGACGUCGUCGUCGGGCGAGACGUCGACGUCGGGCGGCGACCUCGCGUCUUUAGCCAACGGCGUCGACAAGGUCAAGGUCGUCGGGCUCCUCGACAUCUUCGGCUUCGAGUCCUUCGCCGUGAACCGCUUCGAGCAGCUCUGCAUCAAUUAUACCAAUGAAAAACUCCAGCAGAAGUUCACGCUCGACCUCUUCAAGACCGUGCAGCAGGAGUACGACGACGAGCGCGUGCCCUGGACCCACGUCGCCUUCCCGGACAACGCCGCGGUGCUGGCGCUCAUCGACGGGCGCAUGGGCGUCAUCGACGUGCUCAACGAGGAGUGCGUCCGGCCCCGGGGCUCCGACGAGGGCUUCGUGUCGAAGAUGAAGAGCCUCCACGGGUCGGCGACGGACGAGUCGGGCCCCUCGGCGCGCUUCGUCGCCGCGCGCAUCCGCAAGGACCAGUUCACGGUGAAGCACUACGCGGGCGACGUCACCUACACGGCGGAGAAGUGGUUGGAACGGAACAACGACGCUUUAAUGGAGGACCUGAACCUGCUCGCGCGCCACGCGACCUUCAAGCUGCUGGCGGAGCUCUUCGCGCCCCAGGCGCCGGCGGCGAAUUUAGGCGGCGGCUCGAAGCGGCGCGGGUCGACGCUCGUCGCCGACACGGUGUGCACGAAGUUCAAGAGCCAAUUAAGUCUGCUGAUGGAGACCAUCGAGAAGACAAAGGUCCAGUACGUGCGCUGCGUCAAGCCGAACACGGUCAAGUCCAAGGCGAACUACGACCUGGCCAUGGUCGUCGACCAGCUCCGGUGCGCGGGCGUCAUCGAGGCGAUCCGCGUCGCGCGCGCGGGCUACCCGAACAAGCUGCCCCACGCCGAGUUCGCCCGGCGCUUCGCCGUGUUGGCGGAACAGCCCGCGGCGUCGGCGGCGGCGCUGGCGCAGGACCUGCUGGGCGACGCGGCGUCGGAUUCGUACGACGGCGCCUACGCGGUCGGCGUCACGCGCGUCUACUUCAAGGCCGGCGCCCUCGAGGGCCUCGAGCGGCUCCGCGCGGCGGCGCUCGGCGACAGGGCGACCAAGGCCCAGGCGGCCUGGCGCCGCGUCGCCGCCGUGAAGCGCUGGACGCUCUUCCGCCGCGGCGUCGUGCUCGUGAGCGCGCGGUCGCGGCGCGCGACGGCGCGCGCGGCCUUU